AGUCACUUUUGAGUCACAACAAAGCGUUUGAUGAUUCGAAUGUAAAAUAGGAUUUUUUUAUUGUAAUGAUUUAAAUUAUAUUAAAAAUGUCGUUCCCUAAGAUAGACGGAUAUGUCGUCACUGAAAAACUCGGCUCUGGGAGUUAUUCCACCGUUUACAAAGCGUAUACAAAGGUCGGUGCCAGAUCGGUGGUGGCUGUGAAAUGCGUGGAUAAAUCGAGAGUAAAGCAUUCCGGAGCGGCCAUCGAUAACUUAAUAACCGAAAUAAGACUACUAAAGACAUUACGACAUCCCCACAUAGUGCACAUGAAGGAAUUCACUUGGGAUGCAAAGCAUAUCUACAUUAUAACCGAAUAUUGCUGCGGAGGGGAUUUGUCCAAAUACAUCCACAAGUACGGACGGGUCCCCGAACAUCAAGUAUUAUAUUUUUUACAACAACUGGCCUCAGCUUUGAAAUUCUUAAGAGAAGAAGGUGUCGUGCACAUGGACCUGAAGCCCCACAACCUUCUGCUUCACAAGGACUCGGAUAACAAAUAUUUACUGAAAGUAGCCGAUUUUGGGUUUGCCCAGCACUUAACAGAGGAAUCCAUGAGAUCUGUCCGAGGGUCACCUCUGUACAUGGCACCGGAGAUGAUCUUAGGGAAAUACGACGCCAGGGUUGACCUCUGGAGCGUUGGCGUUAUAAUGUACGAGUGUCUGUUUGGGAGAGCUCCUUAUUCGUCAGCGACGUUGAAGGAGUUGGUGGACAAGAUACAAAGACAAGCUCCCAUACAGAUACCCGCGAACUCGUCGCUGUCCGCGGGCUGCCUCGACCUCCUCACCAGGUUGCUGCAACACGAUCCCAACAGGCGCAUCUCCUACGAGGAGUUCUUCAGCCACCAAUACCUGGACCUGGAGUACAUGCCGUCAAAGCAGAACUAUAACACGGCGGUGGGGCUCAUAAAGCGCGCCAUCGAGCUAGACGGCGAGGGCCGGCUCGGCGACGCGCUGGAGGGGUACGCGACCGGCCUGCGGUACCUGGUGCCGGCCGCCAGGGUGCACACCGACCCCGCCCGCAGAGCGGCUCUGGCGGCCAAGCUGGAGAGGUACAUGGACAGGGCGGAAGAAAUUAAGCGCUUGUUGAGUGGCCAAAGCCCCGCGCCAUCCCCGCCAGUGUUGCCGGAAGUGGCUGCGCGGAGCCCGAUCUGCCGGGGCUGCGCCAGCGGACAGGGCUCGGGCACUAGCUACGACUUUCAAGAGAUUCGCACCAUCCAGGAUGCUUACGCCGAGGAAUCGACGGGCUCGGGCAGAGACCCGGACCAGGACACACAGGACAGGCAGAGCGACGCAGAAGUAAAAACCAAAAAGGACAAACGCAGCGCUCUGGCGAGGCUCCUACGCAGACCGCUGCCGGACAUCACGAGCCAGGAGGUGGAGGAGACGAGCCCCAGGACAGACGACAACUGUAAAAUAGCUUGACUUGUUUGUUCAGCGGAACAUUAGAUAUUUUUAAAGCCCGCUCUUGUUUUUUAAUACAUGAAUAAGUGAAAAUUUAUAUAAUGAUGACUUCUAUUCGAGACCGGAGACGGAACCGCCUCCACGAUACCACAGGUCCGGCUCAGCGGACUACAAACUCGUCGUUUGGAGUUUCCUACGCCUUAUCCUAUACAAUCAUGAACAGUUACGUGCAGUUUAAAGUUGGUACUGAACUUGUCAGAGUGACGUACAAUUCAGUGUUGCCGUAUUCAGUGUUGUUAAGUGUUGCCAUAAAUAAAAAUGUGAUUUGUAAUGUUUUA